AUCAUCGAACGGUGUCAUUCUUGCUUGUUCACGUGCUCCUUUCUACGUCUUUAAAAAUUGCAUUGUAGAUGCUUCCACAUAAUUAUCGUGCUGUAUGCUGAAAUUAAGAUGGGGUUGUAGCGGCUAAUCGAUUAACUACGAAACAAUGCUACAAGAGUCAAAAAAUGUUGUAGAUAUACAAAGAGCAAUGUUCUUUAAAAAAAAUUUAACCGUUCUGCUCAGAAUGCAGAUUUGGUGAAAUGUAGCCGCAAAACAUUCUAUAAAAUUUAUGUGAAGCAUACCGGCAUUUAAACACAUAUAUACAGUACGAUUAGAGGAUAAAAUGCUUGACUCACCAUGAGAAUAGUUAUGAAUAACGUUCAUUGCAGUGUAAAACGUGUAAUUCCGUGGCUCUAGCGGUCGUUACAUUUCCAUUCGUCUUGUUCUCACAGAAUCAUAGGCAUUUAAAUUUCCCUUUCUAUCUAAUACAUUUCAAAGAUAGCUCUCGAAGAUACUCUAUCACCGGCUUUUCGAGAUAGAAGUGUUUACUUGUUUUGAGAGCCAAACUACGAAGAGGCAAGUGAUUAGCAUUAGAAUGUUUAACAUAACGAGGAUUGCGAGCACUACCUGUUCUUCGAGCGCCAUAACAAAAAUGUUCUCAUCUUUAACGAUCGCUACAAGUGGCAAACCCCCUCCUAGCAGUUGUUUUAAAGCAAGCACGCUGAAAUGCCAAACUGCCGGCCUGCAAACAACACCUGUGAGGAACGAUCUGAUGGAGUUUUUUGACAAGAAGGAAAAUUGGGGUGAAAAUCAAGUGAGAGUCGGAAGAGCAUGGAGGAAAGAGGAACUGCGAAUAAAGAGCAACACCGAUCUGCAUAAGUUAUGGUUUGUUCUGCUGAAAGAACGCAACAUGCUACUUACAAUGGAACAUGAAUCUAAGGAGCAAACAAAACUCUUUCCAAAUCCGGAAAGGAUAGACAAGGUGAAAGAGAGUAUGGCAAAUCUGGAAGAGGUGGUGAGAGAGAGGAAUAGAGCAUACUUUGAACUGGAAACUGGAGAAGAUGGGGAGAGGCCUUGGAAGAUGCAAACCAAUCCCCUCGGGCUGCGUUUCUUCUACCGCAAGAGGGAGUACCCCAUCCCGUGGUUCAUGAACCGGCGCUGGCAGGAGACGCACUACAUCCACGUGCACCGCGGCCAGGCAGUGCGCAAGUUCCUGCUCCGCUACCGCGAGAGGCUGUGGCUCGCCAAGAGGAAGCAGAGGACGAGGGAUUUCAACCACGUGGCUCAUCUGUUCAAGCGCUUCCCGGAUAUGGAUGUCGAAGCUGUGAGGAAGCACUACCCUGACGUGGAUAUCGAGAGGGCGCGACUGUGCAAGCGGGCCCGUGGGCACCACACCAAGAAUCUGUCGUAGAGUCCCACGCCUGUACUGCAGCGCUCCCAGCACGGGUAUCAGUCGUAGUUGGGAAUUCUCAGACCGGCAGGCAUGGUUACUCAAACAAACUGCAAUCUUUCGUACCGGGUGACAGCCAUACGCUCGUGUUCACCUGUGCAGCGAGAGUGACAGGUUGUCAGAUGUUCGAUACUGCGAGGUCGACUGACAUUCGGCAGAGUGACAUUAAUUAGUUUUGUUUGCCUGCUGCACUUGGAGCUACAAAAUGUAUCAGAUUGCAAUACGAGUCACAAUAUCUCUAAAACCUGUUGGUGUCUACUGUUCAUGAUAGUAGUAAGUGAUUUUGUGAUAUCUUCUGUUUGCAGCCAUUAUUACAUUCUAACAGUUUAAUGGAAAGAACACUGUUUUUGUUAAGCACUAAUUAUGUUUAUAAUAUAAUAAAUAAAUUUGCAGCUA